AUGACUUGGUCUUCACUACAAACUACCAAAAGACCAGGUGCUAGAUCUGAUAUGGUAUAUGGAAUGGAUAUUUAUGCUGGUUACCGAAAUAUUUUUGUAAUAACCGGUGGUAAAGGUGACAGUAAUAUAGUAUAUAACGAUACUUGGGCAUUUGAUAUAACUUAUAAUACUUGGGCUGAAAUAACAGAUGUAUCUUCAGCGAGUGGCCCUGUUCCUCAAAUGUAUGGUGCUGUUGGAGGAAUUGAUACUUCUGUACAAGGUGGAAGUCAAACUACUCCAAACACUACUAUGUGGUUAACUCAUGGAACUAAUGGAAACGAUUUUUUUACUGACCUUUGGGCUAUGGUGGUGGGUGGAACUUUGGCUACUUCUGGUAGUACCUUAUCUGUUAAGUGGACAAAGGUUUCUACUAGUGGUCAACUUCCUCCAGCUACCGGUGGAACUAUCCUUCCGGGUGGUAAGAUGGUAAUGUAUGGUGGAUGUAAUUUAACAAGCUCAUCAGAUUGUGCAACACCUGAUGUUUGGAGUUUGGAUAUUGGAAGUAACUCUAAUAGUGGUGUACCAACUUCGAAUUCUCCAAGUUGGAGUCAAAGAGGUGAAUGUUUAGGUACAAGAGAAGGCGUGGCGAUGAUUAAUAACGCGCUUAUAGGCGUUGUUUCUUAUCGUACUCAAGCUAUUUCCUUUGGUGGUAAAUUACCUGGAAAACUGACUUCUGAUAAAGAUGGUGAAGUUGGUGUUUUUGAUGCCAAUGGGGGUUUAAAUGGUACCAAUUCAUUUUAUAAUGAUAUGUGGCUUCUUACUCUUUCUGAUGGUGUCUCAAAGGGUAACUCUACAACCACUUCUGGCAUGGAGUUCUUAAAAUGUAUUUCUCCUCUUGAUGGUGUUGGUUCUCCUGCGAAUUCAAGUUCCUCUCCUAGUCCCUUUGGUCCUCAUUUUGCUGAUGCUACCAUCAAUAGUAAUCACAUAAUUUAUUUAACUUUAAGCUUUAUAAUUUUACCUAUUGCAACUUCAAUAGUUAGAUUCGGUCAAGGUCCAAUUAUUGCUGGAAUUUAUGCUAUUUUCAUAUUGUUGGCUUACGCCUUUUUGAUUUAUGGUUUUUUGGUCUCUAUGCAACAAUUUCCAACUUCUCAUUUCUCAACCCCUCAUGGAUUAAUGGGCGUAAUAUUAUCUGUUCUCAUAUAUAUCGUCAUACCAUUAUUGGCUAUAUGUUCAUGUAUAACUAUUAGAAAGUUUGGUCCUUAUAAUCCUGCAACUACUUCUGAUGAUCCUGAAUCCGAUGAAAAUAAUCCUAGUUUUAAAAAUAAGAUUGCUAAAUUGUUUAAUUUAAAAAGUUCUGAUGAUGAUGGUAAACAAACAAAAUCUUUUGAAGUUUCUCGACCUGGAAAUCUCAACUUUCAACACGACAAUUAUCAAAAGCCAAUUUCAAUGCUUAACAAACCAUCCUCUGAUUCUUGGGUAGAUAAACGAAAAAGUGUAACCAUUGCAGAAAAUCCAUUGGUUUUGAAUAAUACUUUACGCAAUCUUAACAAUCUUAACAAUCUUAACAAUCUUAAUAUGCAAAAUGGUUCUUCAAAUUCAAGAAGAACUUCUCAAAGUACUGCUUCAUUUCAUCAACGUGUAGGAUCAAAUGGAACUCCAAUUAUGACUCCGACUUCACAACAUUUUUAUCCAAAACAACAACCUCAAAAUUUAUUAGUAGCAAUAAUGACAAAAUUUGGUGGUCAUGGUGACGUGAAUGAAUCAUCAAAUGACGUAAAUGGGACUAAUAAUGAUGAAUAUAGUCAAGCUAGUGGAAGUGAAUUUGGUGGUACUGAUAGUAGAUUUAAUAGUAUAAAUAAUAGAACAAAUAUACAAGAUGAAAUGAGUGAAGAAGAUAAACAAGCCGAACUUGAACAAGAAAUUACUAACAGAGAAGUCGUUGUUAUGACAAUACCAAAAAGAAGAUUAACGGUUGUUAAUGCUUAA